UUGUUUUCUCUUUAGCGUAAAUAAAUUUUAUGGGAACGUACAUAUCAAAAAUCACUUGGACGUCGAGUAAGAAUAAUCGAUACGAGACUCUUCGACACGCGUGCAACGUAUUCUCGCUCGCACGUGCCACUCGUCGUCCUUCCCUUCAGGGCACGCGUAGGUAGAGAGAGGAGAAAAGGGGGUUCUUGCAUCUGCCGUUCGUUUGGUUAGACUUUUUACACGACGGUUGAACAGCUGGAUUUCGAAGGGGAUUGAAGGUAGACAGACGCCCUCGCCUGGGCCCCCUUCAACAACGGUUGUGAAAAUGAGGGGAUUGGUAGUACGGAACCAUCAACGUUAGUCAACGGUCGUAUCCAUUGACAGUCUACUUAUAGUUAACGAUAAUGCUGUACUUUUUGUGAUAAACAGAAUACAAAGAAGGUGAUUUUUUUUACGAGGAAGGGUUUAAUGAAGAAACUUUACGCACGGCACAAAGCCGUUGUGUCUGCAAGCGCGAGAGAAUCUCUCGAUACUUCGAUAACGUCAAAUAACAAGGUUGAUAUAACGAAUAACUGAUCCAAACUUGAGGGAUAAACUUAUAGAGGUGCACGUUUGUAGUUAAAGGCAGAAGCGCAUGGACAAACGCUGAGCCAGAUCAUAAUGAAGAGAUAUUCGUCGGCACCUUGUUUAGAAGACGUUGGCAAUGACUCUAAAAGAAUAAAAAACACUGAACAAUACGCGGAUCCAAAUACAAGAGAAUAUCUCCAGUUGGCUUUAGCCAGAGUCCUAGAAUUACAACGAGAGAUCAAGGAAGGCACAUACGUCGCAGAAAUCGAUGAUGACGCAUCCGGCAGUGAGGAAGACCUAACAAAAGAAAUUCUUACUAAAGUGUUUCAUGAUCUACCUGGGACACCCAGUUCUCUCGCUAAAAUAAUAGACCGAGGAACGCGCUGGAAAAAUCACCGUAUAGAUGCCAUUCAUAGUAAAAGAAUACAAUUAUUAGGUUUCGAUACUUGUCGAAGAAUGGCCCUUGAAUUCAUGAAAACUAUCAUACGGGAAUCGCGAAACAAAUCCUGCUCAUUAAAUACGAUUGAACUCGACAAUUUUUCACAAAACGAAUCAUUGCAUUUAAAAGAUGGAAUUCUCGUUAAUGAUUUUCGUAAACGAGAGUCCAACACGCAUGAAAUUCAAGCGAGAAUGUUGAAAAGUUUGGAUUUGCAUUUGGCUGCUAAACAAAGAGACUAUACGUCAAAAUUAAUGAAAUCGGGUAUUUAGUAUGACACCUUUGAAUGAAAAUAGAUUAAGUGAGGAAAAUUCCCGAAUUCAAUAUAUUCUUCUAUAUAUAGUGCUUUAUUGGAAUUAAUAUAAAUGAAAGUCCAGGG